UUUCUACACCACUUUCAGUUUCUACACUUCCUCUGUCUGCUUUUUGUCAUUGCUGCCGCCUUUUCAUUCUUCUUCGUUCUUCAUCAUCACAGUGUCUGUGUUUUCUAAAAGUGAAAUGUCACCACUAAUGUUUACUUGUAUGUUAUUUACAACACCAUAAGUGCCUAUGUGUUAUUAUGUUGUAAACUGUGCUCAGCCUUCUCCUACUACUCACCCUCUCAUUCACUGGGUCGGUUUACAGAUGAUGGCGGGCCAGAUGACCCUGCUCCUCCUGAGGUCGGACGAAUAGCCCCGACCUCACCUUCCACCUGAGAGAAGAGAGAGAGAGAGAGAGAGAGAGAGAGAGAGAGAGCUGACUGCAGCACUGAGAUUUAAUCGGAUCAGAAUUUGCGCGAGUGUAUGUGUGUGUGUGUGUGUGUGUGUGUGUGUGUGUGUGUGUGUGUGUGUGUGUGUGUGUGUGUGUGUGUGUGUGUGUGCGUGUGUGUGUGUGAUCCAAAUAAAUCAGGAGCAGGAGUUUUAUCCUGAUAGAGCAGAUGUUUCUGAUAUACAGAGAAGGUGAGUGAAUUCUACAAUAUUAAGAACAAGUACUACGACUUUUGUUCAUCUCUGUGUUCCAAUGUGUUGUGUGUUUGGUUCAUUUACUGUUUGUAUUUCUGGGUUUUGUUUAUAUUCCUCUUACUGCAUGUCAUCAACAGUUUUAUUUCUCUAAUUCAACUGUUCAAUAAAGAUGCUGCUGCACAUUACAGGUUUAUAUUAUUGCCCUCGGUGUAAUACGUCAUUGUUUCUAUAGUAACGGUUCUUUCUCAGGGAUGUUUACAGUGGAGACUGGAUUAGAAAUGAGUCUUAACAAUGAUGUGGUGAAGUUUUGGUGAAAAUGUGUAGAUGGCGUAUUCUCGUCUGCGCUCCCCUCGUCUGUCAUUUCUGCAGACACUGUUCUCUCUCUUACUGUCAUCCAUCUCUCUGCUUGCGUCCAAUUGGUGCUCGGGGGUGCAGAAGGUUCCAAAGCCGCUGUGUUCUCCUGUGCGCCGUCAGACCUGCACACCGUCUGACCUGUUCACCAACGGCUCCGCCCAGUUUACCUGGGAAACUGGGGACGACCGCUUUAUCUUCCCCACCUUCCAUGCUGGAAUUUGGAGCUGCUGUGAAGAAAACAUACACAAAGAUGAAUGGGAAGAGAAAUGUCGCAGUUUCAUGGCUCUGACACCUCCAUCAGAGAAAGGGAUUUUCUGGCUGUGUGUGCUGAUGGAGUUGAUGUAUCUCACUUUGUUGUGUAUCAGUUGCAUGUUGUUGAUGGUUCAGUUGUGUUUCUCUGCAUGGAAGCCCUCGCUAAAUAACUGGGGAGAAUUACUGAACGCAUAUGCUGCUGUGUUCACUGUACUGGGAGGUCUUGUUGGAAUGGUUGGUCACAUCAUGUUUAUGCAGGUAUUCCAGGUGACAGCGUCCAGUGGGCCGGAGGAUUUUAAACCACACCGUUAUGGAUACUCAUGGGCCUUUUAUGUGGCCUGGGUUGCCUUUACCUGCUGCAUGAGUGCUGGAGUUUCCACUCUGAAUAAUUACACCAAGAAAGUGCUGAUGUUUGGGACAAAGCCAAAGUCUGACUUCUACACUGUGACGCCACCAUAUUACCCCCCAGUUCCACCCCCUCCCCCUUCCAUUCUCCCUCCAUGCCCUCCUCUGCCUCCUGCCCUCUCCUCACUCUCUUCAUACUCUUGUCCUCCGUCUCCUCCAGGCUUGUUCUCUACUGACUCUAGAUCUCUACACAGCCCCAGUCACCCUGCUCUAUCACCCACAAUGCCCAUCUCUCCCCUCCAGUCGCCUCUCUCUCCUUCUUUUUCUCUAUCUCCUAUUCCUUCCAUCACACUCUCCAUCACAUCCUCCAUCCCUGCUCUUGCUUCCCCUGUUUCUCAGACACUACAUGAAGAAUACAGUUCCCUCUAAUUCUUUUACUUUUCCCUGCAAUAACGUCUCGGUAAAAAACAACAACAUCCUAUUUCACCUCUCUGCGUUCACAUCCCCGAGACACUGGUGAAAUCUCUCCCUCGUGAGAUUGUCUAUAUGUAUCUGU